GCUCAAUCGAAAACAUCAAUACCGUCAACAUGGCUGACAAAGUUCCGGAGUUCGUCUUUUACCGGUACCCUCCGUCGAUGGCCGCUGCUAUCGUAUUUGUUGCUAUAUUCGCUAUAUCAGCUCUCACCCAUAUCAGCCAACUGGUCCGGAAGAGGACCUGGUACUUCAUCCCCUUCCUUCUCGGAUGCCUCUUCGAAGGCAUCGGCUACCUAGGCCGAGCACUUUCGUCGACUGAACACCCCAACUUCACGAAAGUCCCGUACAUCGUGCAGUCCAUCCUCCUCCUCCUCGGACCCACCCUGUUCGCGGCUUCCAUCUACAUGAUUCUGGGCCGACUGGCCAAUCUUCUCGAGGGCGAAUCGUAUUCGAUCAUCCCGCCGAAGUGGCUGACGAAGGUCUUCGUCCUCGGCGACAUCCUCUCCUUCUUCGCCCAGGGAGGCGGAGGUGGCAUGCUCGCGCAGGCGAAAUCCCGAGACGACGUCCGCAUGGGCGAGAACGUUAUUAUCGGCGGCCUGGGUAUCCAAAUCCUGUUCUUCGGCUUCUUCAUGGUGGUCACCAUGGCGAAGCUCCUCGUCGCUCUAUAUGUCACCAGCUUCCUCAUCAUGGUCCGAUCCGUAUAUCGCGUGGUCGAGUACGUCACGGGUUCGGAAGGCGAGCUGAUGUCGAAGGAGGCGUAUCUGUACUGCUUGGACGCUCUCCCCAUACUAGUGGUUGCGCUUACCUACAACUGGUUCCAUCCCAGCCGAGUCAUCGACCGACACCGGUUCAAGCACGUCUCGGUUACAAGUCUGGAAGUUUUAGGUUGA